AGAUUCAGGAAGGAUUUAUGAUGGCAAAAAGUGAUAAGGAAAUAUUUGAUUAUUCUGGUAACGAAACAAAAGAAGAGGAUGGCAUAGAGACGGAUAAUUCAAUUCAAGUGAAAUGUUAUGAAUCUGACAAUUUUCAAGCAUUUCAGAAAACGGCAAGUUUUAAAAGAAUUCUUUUGUACAUUACACGAGUAUUCACCCCAAUAGUAGAUACGACUAAAUUGGUAGAUGAUUUGUUGUUGGCAGCAAGCGUUGCAGCGACCAUUUUCAAUGUUUUGGUAAUCUUCUGCGCUGUAAAAUUAUUUCGACGAAGUGGCGAUACGAUGCACUUAUUCAUUAUCAGUAUGACUGUUGGUGACUUAUUACUUACAGGUGACAGAUUUGGUUUUGCCAAGAAUGAUUAA